UAAACGCGCUUUAAAUUGCAAAAUUUGCUCUUUAAAAAUAAAGUCUAUUGGAGUUGGAGAUGCUCUAAAGGGGUUAACUUUCCCGUGAAUCAAUAUGUUAUUUUUAAAUAUUUGUUAGUUUAAUUUGAUAUAUAAUCAUGUAAUUUUUCGAUGACAACUGUAAAUUCUAGUCGAGGGAUGGAAGCAGCAUUCUGGAAGAUUGGGAUGAAUGUAUGCAUACCAUGAAUGAAGUGAAAGCAAUGCUACAGAAUAGAAACGAAGCUGCCCUGGGCGUGAAAGAAAUUUAUCACACGCCUCGCCUAAACAGAAGAAAUGGCAAGCACAUGCUGGCCAAUCUACCAAAUUACGGCCAGAGCAGUGGAUGUGAAGGGGCUUCACUCUUUGAGACAGUUCUCACUUAGUCCCCAACGGAAAGAAAUUUUGGAUUAUAGCUGUGGAGGGAAGGCUCAAGUUGUAUUUAGUGUGUGACAGAACUUGGAUCAGAAAGCAAUCAUGGCAGAAAAUACUGAUAUUGAGGAUCAAGUGGAUCUUGAUGAUGAAUAUUAUUGUGAAGAAGAUGAUGAUAUUGAAGAACUCAUGGAAGGUGUAAACGAUGGAGAAGGUGAUGAGGAGAAUGGUGGAGAAGAGCAGGAGGACAUGAGAAAAUGGGAUUGUAGGAAAAUUCAGUCACCAGAGAGAUACAGAAGUAAUGAUCGCAAUGAGAGAGUGGAGUAUGAAGGAAAACCUGGUGCUAAAAUUAAAGGAGGCAAAAAGGAGAAGCAUACCGAACUUCUUGCUCUUCCGCCUCAUGGUUCUGAAGUUUUCAUUGGUGGACUUUCUCAAAAUAUUUCAGAAGAAGACUUGAGGGAGCUCUGCAAACCCUUUGGUGAAAUUUUUGAGAUAAGACUUAUGAAAAAUAGGGAUACUGGUGAAAGCAAGGGUUUUGCUUUUGUAGCCUUCAAAACAAAAGACGUUGCACAAAAGGCCAUUGAAGAGUUACAUAGCAAAGAAUUCAAGGGCAGAGCCUUACGGUGUUCAGUGUCAGAUGCUAAAUACAAAUUGUUCAUAGGUAAUGUCCCAAAGAGUUGGAGUGAUGACGACUUUAAAGAAGUCAUUGAAGAUAUUGGUCCUGGUGUAGAAACCAUAGAACUCAUAAAGGAUCCUCAAAACCCAGGCUGUAAUCGCGGAUUUUCUUUUGUUGAAUAUUUCAACAAUGCUUGUGCUGAUUAUUCUAGGUUAAAAAUGUUGACUGCAGAUUUCAGACUCGAUGGUAACAAGCCAACUGUCACAUGGGCUGAACCACAAAUGACACCAAAUCAUUCUUCUGCUGCUGCUCAGGUCAAGGCUCUUUAUGUGAAAUAUAUACCUGAAAAUACUCCAAUUGAGCAACUAAAGUCGCUCUUCCAACGCCAUGGGGAAGUCACGAAAGUUGUUAUGCCACCAUCAAAAUGUGGUGGAAAAAGAGAUUUUGGGUUUGUCCACUAUGCAGAAAGGUCAAGUGCAUUGAAAGCCAUUGAAAACACAGAAACUUAUGAAAUUAAUGGUCAGGUGUUAGCUGUCGUUCUUGCAAAGCCUCAGAUGCAGAAGAAGUUUAAUGUGGCUAAUCCUCAAAACUCCACACCAGUGUCUAAUAAUAAUAAUCAUCUAGGAUAUGCUGGAAUACCUGUUAGUCCUUAUGCCUCAAUAGCGGCUGGAUAUGGCGCAGCACCCGGAUUUCAGCAGCAGCCUAUGAAUUAUGGAAGAGGACCAAUGCCAGAAGGGAUGCAAAUGGUACCUAUGGUUCUAUCAGAUGGUCGAAUUGGCUAUGUUCUUCAGCAGCCAGGAAUACAAAUCCCACAAGUCAGGCCCUGGAUGAAUGAUAAGGGGAUCGUCGCACCAGGAACACACAGUAGCAAUGAUGAUAGUAAUCAUAAAAGGCGGUAUCGACCGUACUAGAGGUGAGGAGUGAAGCGUUGGACAAGAAGAUGAGAUAAUUUAGACAUUAGAUGCCAGGGAAAGUAGACAUUGUUCAACAAAAUUUAUCUAUUUUAACUUGAAGACAAAUUUUAAAACAAUCCUAAGUAAUCUAUAAGCUACCACCAUCAUCUUGGGUGGAUUCUCUAUCGAAUUUAAGGUUUAAGGUCUUGGCAUAAUGUAU